AUGCUGCAGAUGACAGUUCUUUUCUUGGAUACAUUACAAGAUGUUCUGUGGGGUAUCAGUUACGACCUUCGCCGCAGUGUCCAGGUCCUUAAUUUCAAACUUGAUGACAGGAACCUGGCUAUCGGCAUUUGGGACUUUGGCCACGGCCAUGUCGCAUUGUUAACUCAAAUACUAUAUGCUAUAAAGUGGUCUGAAAAGUUCAAGACUUUCAAGAAAUUCCAAAUAGUAGGGUCUUCAAAGAUCACGAAUUGUGUUUGUUGGCACGGGUGGCUGGCUGUUGACCAGCAGGUUUGGGCGGAGGAUGCCAAUGGACCGCACCAACACGUUCGUGAGAGACGAAUCAGCUCAGCAUCUCCUUUGGAUCCGUUUGUUGCUAACGGUCAUCAAAUUUCGAGGUCUAAUGUUACUGCUUCAGGAAGGCUCAUGGAUCCCGUUCGAUACAUUAUGAACAGACCAUAUCAUUUUUCUCGAAGGAAUUCAAGCCUUGUGUGUACUGAUUGGGGUGGCUUGGCAUAG